AUAAAUAGCGAGGGUCUUUGUAUACAGUAUAUGUAUGUAUAUUAUAAAAUAACUUACAAGUAGUGUCAUAUUUAUAUUAAUAUAUCCUUCUUCUCUUUCAAACUAUCAUAUUUAUUUCAAUCAGCUGCACCUAGUAGGUGAGUCUGCAGCACAUAUGUAUAUAUAUUGUAUCAAUAGUGUAUUUAUAAAUAAAAUGUGCCUGGGCAAGCACCAGAACUAAUUAUAGCCUUCUUAUAUAUAUUUACCUAUAUACUAUUAAAUUUAAAUAGCUUCCUGCACCUACCUGCGCUAAGGCCUGCGCAGUUGAGCGCCGUAAGCGGGGAAGACGGGAUCCUGGGAGGUUGAGUCAAUCGGAGGUCGGAGCAGUUACUUCCGGGCGACAACACGCCUCCUUUGGCCCAUAUUUCUGGCGAAACGGUCGCCUGAGCAGCCAGCCACUGCUCAGGAAAUGGUCCAGUGCUUUACCGUCACAGGAGCACGGCGAGGAGUGGGAAGGUCUCUUCGGAGAAGGUAGUCGGCCAUGCUGACGGGGUAAGGCACUGUGGAAGUUCUCUAGCCGCAGUUGUCCGAACUCCCGAUGUCGCGCAAAGACGCCACCUUUCUGCUCCUAGAUCCACUCGAGAAGAUCCUGGUGCCAUUGCGGCAUCCCCAUUUGCGGGCUCCGAGGAGGGUGGGACAUCGAGUGGACGACUUUUAAAUAUUCUCACAAUAUGGACAUCAUCGAUGACAUUGAGAAACUGCUUGAAGGAAGUACCUUGGACGAAAAUGAACGCCAAGAACUUUCAUCCGAUGACGGAAACUGUUUGGAGAUGGUUGUUGAGCCUACAGGGACGGAUGACCUAGGUCUAACGCCCAAAAAGGACUCAAAGCCAAAACCAAAACGAAGGAGGUUAACAGGAGCAGCGCGGAAACGCCUAAAACUGUUAAUAGCCGCCAACAUCAAGGCUGAUGAAGCCUUAGAACUCUGCCGGAAGCCAAUGCGAGACCAGCCCUCAGAGGUAAGAUCCAUCAAGCGCCCACGGUCAGAGGAGGUGUCCCCAAAGGAGCAUACGCACAAAGCGCCUCGCGUGGCGCAGCCGACGCCCACCGGGAAAGGUACCCAGGCAGCGGAGACUGCAAAGUCACCAGCGCCUACUGUACCUCAGACACCUAGAGUCACAUACCAGGCACUUGCGACACCAGGUGGCUCUUCAAGCCCAAUGGUGUUUGCACCAACAAGUGUCACUAGUAGCUCAACUAAGCGCUCUACGAAUACGGCCCACCAGUUGCGAACGCCUGCACCCAAGCAGCGCGUAACGACUACAGGGACGAACGUAAACGCAAAGGAGGAAACUGCAACCUAUAAGGACGCUCUCAAAUCGUUCCGAGUGGGGAUCCGACACACGGCCCCAAUGACGGACGAAAUGAUGAGCAUGGUGCGCUCCUCAGUUCUCCGGGAAGUUGGCAAGAUCACGGAAGCUGGGAAGGGCCCUCGAUUUGUAGGUUGCAGUUUCAAACCUGGUUGGCUGCUAAUCACCUGCCAGAAUGAGCCGACCAAAAUAUGGCUGGAGAGCAUAACGCCCUCCCUAAAACCCUGGGCCGACGCAGAACUCUCUGUGUUGGACGAGAGAGCGAUGCCCAAACCAGCCAUUGGAACGGCCUUCAUCCCCAGUUCGGAGACAAGGUCGGUCGAUGAGGCACUCAGAAUGCUGAAGUCCCAAAAUGACUGCCUAAAUUCCGAACUGUGGAGAAUACUCAACCGUAAGGCUGAAGAGAACGGUACAGUCCUGACCGUAUCUCUGGACGAGCCUUCGGUUGACUUCCUCAAAACACAGGACUAUAAAGUCAACCUUGGCUUUAAAAAGGUCCUGUUCCGGGUCAAUGGGAUCUCCACGCCUACACAGCAGCCUACUUCGGACGGUAAUGGAAGAUCUGCCACAGAAAUACCCACACCAUCCGAAGCGGUGAAGGGCGUAGACACCAACGCCAAACCCGCCAGAGGCAGCUUUCCCCAGCCAAAGGGGACCUCGCAGACGAGGAUCCCCAGUUUCAAGACGGGACGGAAAGAUCGCGGCAGGAGCGCCACAGCUUCCAAUCGCAACCCAAAGGGACGCCCACGUCCCACAGGGAAGGCGAAAGGAAGCUGCUAA